UUAAAAAUAUCGACGGUCUCUGCAGUCCUGAGGUUCUCUGGCAGACUGUUCCACAGGUGGGGGCCAUAGUGGCUAAAUGCUGCCUCACCGUGGGUUUUUGUCCUGGCUUGUGGUCUGGAUAAAAGGUCGCUGCCAGAGGAUAAUAAGACGGCACAAGGCUGUUAAGACUUUUAAAAACUAAGAACCUUAAAAUGGAUCCUGAAGCGGACGGGGAGCCAAUGCAGCGACUUUAAAACUGGUGUAAUGUGUUCCUGCCCUCUGGUCCUCGUCAGCACAGCAAGGCUGAGUUUUGUAGUAAUUGUAGAUUUAAAAUACUCUUUUUAGGAAGACCAGAGAGCAGGGCAUUACAAUAGUCUAAAGGAGAAGAGAUAAAAGCAUGCAUUAGCACCUCCUGCUGGCCUGAGAGAGAAACGGUCAGACUCUGGCUAUGUUCUUCAGAUGAUAAAAACCUAUUUUUGUUAUAUUUUUAAUAUGUGGGAUAAAAUUCCUAGGGUGACCCCAACAGCCAAAACCAAAUUCCUUGUAUGUUGUGUACAUACUUGGCCAUUAAAGCUGAUUCUGAUUGUGGGAUACAUGCUGUCCGGUCCAUCUGCUUUUCUGGGUCUGAGCCGCCUCACUUUCCUGUCUGGUGAUGAUGAUGGGGGGACGGGAUCUGUGUCCAUGACCUCCCACUGCCUGCUGAGGGUGGCUGUUGAGGAGGUUGAGAGGGCACUUGGGAGACUCAUUAGCAUCACAGUGAAACCUCUUGAAGAACUGGUGAAACUGGUUUUCUCUGUCUGUGUCCCCCUCUGUAGCACUGAUGGUCUUCAUCCCUACCUACACCUCGCUCUCAUGCUGUUUACUUGGAGUUUCUGCUCCACCUUUCUGCUGUAGGACUCCUUUGCUUCCUGCAGACGGACCUGGAGUUCAUUCUGAACCUGCUUCAUCUCCUGACAGACAGAGAAACCAGCUGAUUGUCCUCCUGCAGCAUCCAAUAUGAAUCCUUUCUGAGGGACCAGAAUGGACAAACCGAGCCGAGUGUGUCGACCUCAGAGGAUCAGCGAAUCCUCAAAGGUCUUCUGCUGGGUGGAUCAGGCUGCUGAGCUGCUUCAGGGCCUCGACCAGCAGCGACUGCAGGGUUCUUUCUGCGAUGUGGUUCUGGUGGCCGAUGAUCAGAGGGUUCCAGCCCACCGAGCCCUGCUGGCCGUCUACAGCCAGUACUUCCACGCCAUGUUCACCCUGGGGAUGAGGGAGGAGCACCAGCAGGAGGUGGAGCUGGUCGGGAUGUCCUACAUCGGUCUGAAGGCUGUCGUGGACUUCCUGUACAGCGGAGAGCUGCAGCUGGACGGAGGAAACAUCGAUCAUGUUCUGGAAGCUGCACACCUGCUGCAGGUGUGGCGGGUGGUGGAUUUCUGCUGCCAGUACCUGGAGAAGGAGGUGAGUGAGGACAACUACCUCUACCUGCAGGAACUGGCUCUGCUCUACAGUCUGGAGCGACUCGACGCCUUCAUCGACCGGUUCAUCCUCGGUCGCUUCGCCACGCUCUCCUUCACCCCCGACUUCCUUCGAGACGUUCCUCUGCACAAAUUCACCUGCUACCUCUCCAGUGGACAGGUUCAACACGACAGCGAGCAGGCCCUCCUCCAGGCCGCCCUCCAGUGGCUCAGCCAGAUGCCCGACCGGACCGCCCACGCCCGCCAGCUGCUCUCAAACAUCCGCUUCCCUCUGAUGCCGGUGGGCGACCUGGUGGGCCGGGUGCUGCCGGCGGUGAGGGCCCUGCUACCGGAGGAGGCCGGCUGUGAGGCCCUGGUAGAGGAGGCGCUGGGAUACCACGGACGACCCAGUGCUCAACCGCUACUACAGACCGGACGAACCACGCUGAGGGGGGGCGUGGAACGACUGCUGCUGAUUGGAGGAGAGGCGUCGGAGUGGGGGGAGGAGCUGAGCGCCAACGUUUGCCGGCUGGACGAUGAAACAGGAAGUUGGGUGGUAGAAACGGAGCUACCGGCCCGGCGGAGCCACCACUGUCUGGCGGUUUUGGGCGGCUUCAUCUUUGCUGCUGGCGGCAGCUCGUCCAGAGACAACGGUGGAGAUGCUGCCUGUAACCUGCUGUACAGAUACGACCCCCGACACAACCAGUGGACCAGGGGAGUUCCAAUGAACCAGCGGCGGGUGGACUUCUACCUGGGGGCGGUGGGAGAAUGUCUGAUCGCUGUAGGAGGGAGGAACGACACCGGAGCUUUGUCCUCUGUGGAGGUUUACCGUCCUGCUGAGGACUGCUGGUCCUACGUGGCUGGACUGCCCAGGUUCACUUACGGCCAUGCUGGGACGGUCCACCGUGGCGUCGUCUACAUCUCCGGCGGUCACGACUAUCAGAUCGGCCCGUACCGCCGAGACGUCCUGAGCUACGACCCUUCGAGGGACGGCGACGUCUGGAUGGAGCGCCAGGCCAUGUCUCUGGCCCGCGGCUGGCACUGCAUGGCUUCGCUCAACCACCUGAUCUACGCCAUCGGAGGCAGCGACGACCACGAGGACACCACCGAGCGCUUCGACAUCCUGCAGGUGGAGUCCUACGACCCGCGCGGCGGCCAGUGGACUCGGGUUUCGCCGUUGCUGCUGCCCAACAGCGAGGCGGGUCUGGCCGUGUGGGCGGGACGCAUCUACGUGCUGGGCGGCUACAGCUGGGAGAAAAUGGCGUUCUCCAGUACCACGCAGGUGUUCGACCCAGACAAAGGCUCCUGGACCAAAGGGCCCGACCUGCCCAAACGCAUCGCCGGAGCCUCGGCCUGCGUCUGCACCGUGAAGCCUUCACCAACUGCAGCAUCGCCAGAGAAGAAGAAAACCGGUAGAGGGGUGAAAGGAAGGCCACAUCCAACGUAACAGACUCCUCGUACCUUUAACUGUGUUUUUUAUCGUCCGUUACACAACUAUCCUCACGGCAACAGGCAGAGCAGCUACAAUAACCUCCGAAUUAACCAGUUUUUCUGUGUAAAACACCGGAUACACGUAUGUUGACAUGUUUGGUCAUUCGUCUCUGGUUUGCUUCAGCUUUCAGGCGCCUCUCUGUCUUUUUAAAGUGAAGAAAUUAGAGCUUGUUGCAGCUCAAAACCUGUCGUUGAUCUGGAUGCAGCUACACAAUGCAGACCUGCAAGCAAACAGCAACACCGACUGACCAGAUUCAGUUUGGAGCUAUCAAGAAAAAGAGCUAAACGUGCUCCAGUGUCACUGAAAAUGGACAGCAGGCAUCUCGACUGGUUGGAGUUUAACUUGUUACCUAUUAAAAGCAGAUAAAACAGGUCAAUACUUUGUUUCCUGGACAGAAAAGAAGCAGCCGUGCACUAUGAGCAAGAUGCUGUAGUCCGAUCAUAGUUUAGAAACGGUAUCUAAGUACUAACCAGCUCUACAAAAACAGCAAUUUAUGUACUACGGCAUAAACGACUGGCUAACUAGUGAGGAUGCUGAUGCUUUUUGUCUCAGAAUUACAGCUUUAGCUUCAGUAUUUUUACACAAUCAAGUCCAAAAAUCUCCCGGAGACGAUAUUUUUACCAACACGUUAGCUUAAUUAACUAGUUACCUACAGCGGACAAACAAAACACACAGCAGCAGUUCUUAAGGCAACAGGGAAAAAAAGAAGUGUUCACUGCUUUCACUUUAAAUCUACUGUUAAACUGUGUGUUGGAUCAGUAGCACAGGACACGAGUGAGUUUAUUGUUCCUCAUUUGUCAGAUACUGAGCUGGCAGACAGAAAGGCUGCAGAAAUCCUCCUUUCAGAUUUAAGAUGAGUUAGAUGGGCAGCUAUGAAGGAAAAGUGAGACCACACAGACACAAAAUGACUAAUGAGUAAAACGAGACACAAAACUACCAAAAAAAUGACGAACAUGAGACACAAACUGGCUAAAAUGAGGCACAAAACGACUAAAACUACACACAAAAUGACCAGAAUAGGGCCCUUUUCCACUGCACAAGUCAUUUGUCAAACAUUAUCGGAAAGUUAAAAACUACUGCAGCCAAUGAGAUCGCUCCCAGUCAGGCAUCAGAGCCUAAAGGAAGCGGCGCUGAAUUUCAACAUACAUUUAUACAUUUAAAUGAUUAUUUAUUGUUUUAUAUGAUCCACACAGAGUGCAUGUGAUGAAAUUAAAAUGUGCUCAAUGCUGCUCAUUGUAAUAAAAUAUGAAGUGCUUCUGAUAUUUUGCUCGGCGUUUGUACAUUUCCAUUAAAAUGUCUAAAAUCUUCA